UGAGAUUGUAGGACGUCUGAGGCUGCCGGAGCACUGACACCGUUGAAGGUCUCAGACUGUUGGAUGUCCUGAGACCCUGGAAGGAAGGGGCGAGGGCACUCGGUGAGUUAGGCCGAGGGGCCGACGGGGUGGGCUGAGCCAGUGAGCGACUAACAGGAAGUUGAAGAGGUGCUUGAGUGUCAGUCAGUCUGAACACGGAGAUGAAGACGAUGAAGAUGGAGAUGGCGUUACUUUUGUUCCUGCUGUCAAUCGUCUCAGCUGAAGAUUUUUCUCCUCCGUUCAUUCGUCUGAAUUCAGACCUGCUGCAGAACCGGUCCGAGGCGGUCUUGACCGCCGGCUCCGCCUUCAUCCUUAGUUGUCACGGCAACGCGUCGUUGCACUGGUCCAGCACGGCGUUCCGGUCCGCGUCGAAGGUGCGCGGCGGCGUGCUGGAGGUCCGGCGCGCCCGACCCCGACACACGGGAACGUACCGGUGCGCCUACGCCGACCGCAGUCUGGAACACCUUCACGCCUCGGUGCACCUGUACAUCAAAGACCCGUUGGACCCAACCAGUGUCUUCGUCACGCCUCACUUUACGCCCGGCGUCAGGGAGGGGGACGACUUGCUGUUCCGGUGUCUGCUGACCGACCCGUCCGUUACCAACCUAACCCUCCUAUCGGAGGAGGACCGGGCCGGUUUGCCCCCGGGCAUGAACGUGAGCGCGGACCCUCGCCGAGGAGUCGUCGUACGCAAAGCGGACAGGAGGUUCAACGGACGCUACGUCUGCGCCGCUUGGAACAACGAGACGCGUGUCACGUCCGACACGCUACACCUCAUCGUCACGCCAAGACAGCGUCGUCCUCCUGAGGCGUCGGUGGACCAGACAGAUUUUUUCCGUGUGGCGGGAGAAACCUUUGCGGUGACGUGUAUGACCGGUAACCCCUCCCUCAUCUACAGCGUCUCCUGGACGCACCCUGACGUAGAGGCUCCAAAUGUGACGCUGACCCGUCAUUAUACGAGCAACCGAUCUUCCAUGAACAGCACGCUGAUCGUCGCCUCUGUCAGCGGGAAGCACAGCGGACGCUACACGUGUACGGCGCGCAACGAGGCCGGCGACGCCACAGCCGCGGCUCGGCUACGCGUCUUAGACGCUCCCUUCCUGACUGCCUGCCUGCAGCGCCGUACUAGCGCUCAAAGCGGCGCUAACGUGAGCGCAAGCGGCGUGGAGCCCUGUGGAGGGCUACAUGCUAAUGCUAGCGACUGGGAAGUGCUGGUUAACGUUAGCGUGGACACAAUGGAGGCUAACCGGGUUAGCAGCAGCAGCGGGGUGGACGUGCUCGAAGGUGGAGACGUUAUGUUGACCGUCGCCGUGGAAGCGUACCCGCCAAUCAGGAGCCUCGAAUGGACCACGCCGACGUCCGGGAACGACAGCGCGGCGCCCGCACAGAGCUACGCGGCUAACGGUUACAGGUCCCAAGCGAGCCUGCUGCUGCGUCGCGUGCGUGACGGGGAGAAAGGUCGCUACGCCCUACGCUACGCUAACGCCCUCUUCAGCGGCUCCUUCAACUUUGACCUGCGAGUUCUUCGCUCUCCGAGCGGCGUCAUCACGGUGGAGAACGACACCCUGACCUGCAGCGGCUCGGGUUUCCCGCCGCCCACCCUCCGGUGGUCGCGAUGCAGCGGCCUCGUCGACACCUGCGGCGACGUCUCGGUCGACCGGCUUGAUGAGGUCACCACGCGGGAGGGGGAGGGGCUGAAGAAACACCUCGCCCUCCCGCAGGCGCCGGAUGAGGACAUCACCAUCGAGUGCGUGUCCAUCAACAGCGUGGGACGCUCGCGAGACGUCUUCUUCCUGCGUUCUGUAGGUUCCGGCGGCGGACGCGUGCUGACGGCGCCCCUGGCGGCCGCCUCGAUUGGCGCCACUCUGCUCCUCCUGCUCGUCAUCUUCCUCAUCUUCAGGAUCAGGCGGCGACCAAAGUACGAAAUCCGUUGGAAGAUCGUGGAGAGUUGCUAUGGUAACAACUACACCUUUGUGGACCCCAGCCUGCUGCCUUACAACAACCUCAAGUGGGAGUUUCCCCGAGACAAGCUGCGCCUGGGGGGCGUGUUGGGGUCGGGGGCUUUCGGGAAGGUCGUGGAGGCCACGGCCUACGGUCUCGGCAGCCGGGACGAAACUCGCGUCGCCGUCAAGAUGCUCAAACCGAGCGCUCACUCGGAGGAGCGAGAGGCGCUGAUGUGCGAGCUGAAGAUUCUCAGCCAUCUGGGUUACCACGACAACAUCGUCAACCUGCUGGGAGCCUGCACUCGAGGAGGGCCCGUGCUGAUGAUCACCGAGUACUGUUUCCACGGCGACCUGCUCAACUUCCUGCGCGAGCACGCUCACCGCUUGGUGGCGGCCAUGUUGAGUACGGGGCCGGCGGAGCACGAAGCCAAGUAUUCCAACGUCAGACUCAGGAGUGACAGCGGGAUCUCGUGUUGUUCCGAAUAUCAAGAAAUGCAACCGAUGCUUUCGCACUCAGGUGUGCAGCGAAGCGCGCGUUUGUGUGUGAGUGACCUGAUGAGGUUUUCAUACCAGGUGGCUCAGGGGUUGGACUUUCUGUCGACACAAAACUGUAUCCACAGAGACGUGGCGGCGAGGAACGUGCUGCUGACCGACCGCCACGUCGCCAAAAUCUGCGACUUUGGCUUGGCGAGAGACAUCCGCAAUGACGACAGCUACAUCGUCCAAGGAAACGCGCGUCUGCCGGUGAAGUGGAUGUCCCCCGAGAGCAUCUUCCAGUGCGUGUACACGGUGCAGAGCGACGUUUGGUCCUACGGCGUCCUGCUGUGGGAAAUCUUCUCCCUCGGAAAGAGUCCUUACCCCAACGUGGCCGUGGAUACCAAAUUCUACAAGAUGAUCCAAGACGGCCGCCACAUGGAGCGGCCCGACUUUGCGCCGCCGCAAAUGUAUCAGCUGAUGACGUCGUGUUGGAGCUUGGAGCCGACGGACAGGCCCACGUUCAAGACGAUCGGUCAGCUGAUCGAAAGGAUCCUCCCGUCGGCCAAUAAGGCGGCUCCCGGCGAGCAGCCGACGUACAAAAACAUCGACGAGCGGGGAGAAGACGAAGAGAGCGAGGAAGAGGAGGGCAGGGGCGGAGACUCGCUGAAGGCGGAGGAGCAAGAUGGCGGCCAGGAACGCGAGGAGUCGAUAAAGAUGACGCAGAUGACGAACAACAUCUACCAGCUUUCCUGAUCCUCUCGUCCAAUCAGCUUUGACUCAUGUUUCUUUAGUCGUCAUCGGUGAUCUCACACACACGCAGGCACGCGCGAACGCGCCACUGCCGAACUACUCAGACAACCAAAGUACGGGAAAAAUAAAUGCAAUUUUCAAAUGAGUUAACUUACCAAUAAGACAGCAACCCGUUAAGUUAGCCACAUUUACACAGUUGACAUAGCACUUCCUGUAUUACGCUCUUAUUCUGAAAGACGAAGCGAACCACGCCCGGUAGUGCGAGUCGCUCGCGAGGCCGAACUUUCACGACUCGACAUCACGUCGAACGCUCGCUUUGUCAUUGACGCGCACAGCCACAUAAGUAUGUAUAUCACAUCAUAUAUCAUAGAUCAUACAUAUACAGUAAAGCCUCACUAUAUCGUGGAUUGUUCAGUGAUUUUGAAGAGUUUUUUUCACGUGUUUUUACAGUAUACAUGCAUGUCCCAUUUUAGAGCGGCGCUUUCAGUGUCGUACCACCUUCUGCCACAGCAUGCCGGGCAGCACUGCGCUGUACAGAAUGUACAUGCAUUGUCAUUAAGAGCAAGAAGAAGAAGCAGAGAAGGUCCCCGACUAAGCAGAGCAAAUGUAUGCCUGUGAGUGUUGCAGUACGCUCUGCUUGUAUAUGUUGCUGCUCUGCGUUAAAGGAGCAGUCGUUUAAAGGUUUGGAGAUGCCGCUGAAGGUUUAGAAUGAACACAACAUCUAUGCUCAUUUCUGUUGGCCAGUCUAUGGCGUUUUGCAUUAUAUUUUACCGUUAAGCUAGUGGACUUUUCUCAUUGUUGUACACGGUACGCUUCCCUUUCGUUUUACGCAUUAGUUUUAUGGUCAAAAUUCAAGUGGGAGUGACAAAUAAACAGCUUGAAACAA